AGUUCGCAAACAGAAGCAGUUGAUUAAAAUUUCGAGAAGAUCGUUCCGAGGAGUGUCCGCGAAUUUUGAUUUUUUUUUUGUCGUGAAGACUAACGGAAAUCGGUGAAACAAGUGGCGCGGACUUUCCGGUGUGAUUAAAUCGUGAAACUGGCGGCAGCAUAAUGGACACCAUCCCGGACGACUCCGGUGGCACCGCACUCGACGCUCCCAAACCGGAGCAAACCAUCACCAACCCAACCUGCGAAGAUCCUCCCGAACCUGCGUCGUCGUCCUCAGAUACGCCACCCCAGCAUGACCCGCAGGACGCACCCGUCUCAACAUCUCUCAUCCCCAAACCGGGGGGCACUUCACUGCCGCCGCCAUCUUCCAUCGGAAAAUCCCCCCUUCCGCACAAACUCACCGAUCCGAACCUGCAGCAAAUCCCAACGGAGGAACUGCUCGGGUCGGUGACCACGUUCUACCCGAGCGGUGAUGCCGAGUGCGGGCACGCGCUGCGAACCAGCGCCCGGGUCAUUCACAAGAUGCGGAUGGAUUCGAUAAGGGGGACGACGCCGCCACCUGUGGAGAAGAAGGAGACGGGUGGUGGUGGGGGAGGGGGUGCGGGGAAGGCUGGUGGGGCGGGGGGAGGAGGGGGUGGGGGGCAGGGGACGAAGACGCCGAAUCAGCCGAAGCAGGUGCGCAUGGUUUGGAGCAAUCAGGACAAGAAUCUGUUUUUUGAGGCGUUGAACGAGUGCGGGAAGGACUUUGAAGGGAUUGUGAACUAUUUGAACACGAAGAAGCGCCGGAAGGAUAGCAAUAGUGAGCACGCGCUCAAGGUGAAGGACGUGCGGCAUUUGUACUACCAGUUCAACCAGAAGGUGGCGAAAUAUUUGCACUUUAGCGACGAGGUGAAGAAAGAGGCGCAGGAGCUGUACGCGUUGAUCAAUUACGGGGAAAUGCGGAAGAAGGUUCCGUUUCAGAACAAAAAGUACUUCCACAAGCUGAAGGAUCUGGUGUACAAGGGGUUCACGACGAUCCGCGAGAAGGGUCGCAACAUCCGCAUCAAGACGCCUUCGUGCCGAGCGUUGCGGAAGCUCAACCAGCUGGAAGAGUGGCAGGAAGAGAUCAAACUGCCCCCUCGGAUAGACGUGGUCCUCAAACCGGCCACCGUCGACGCCUGGGGCCGGGUACAAUCCCUCGCCCAAAACCCGCGCGUCAAAAUCUCCGUCACCCUCCAGAAACGUCUCUCCACGCUGCUCCAACUGCUCCAGCAAAAGUGGCGCCACCAGGACGUCCGCCUCGUCGAACGCAUCAACAACCUAAAAUCGGCCAGCGCCAGCAUCACCUCCAAAGCGUCCCGCCAAAAGGCCCAGCACGAGCUGGAACUGUGCGCCCGCAUGGCCACCGAAGGUGGCACCAACGACACAGAAUCCGCGAAAGUCCUCCGCUUCACAGCCCCAAAAGAAACCGUAAUCCACCGCCCCAUGAUCAACCUGUCGGAGUUUCUGAGCAGUUACAGCAUCUGUCUGAACUCGUACGAGCAGCGGAUUGGGGCGAAGGUGAGGGGAGAGGCGCUCUGUUUGGAGAAGCUGAACAGCUUUAAGGAGCGGGUUGGGGCGGGGUCGAAGAGGCAGCGGCACGAUAGUGGGUCGGAGAAGCAUAGUCCGGACGGGAAGAAGGUGCGGGCGGAGGUGAAGGAGGGGAAGGAGGAGAAGGGAGGGGAGGGUGGAGUGGGGAUGACGGUGGUGACGAAUUUUAAUGAGGUUUUCAAAUCCCCCAACGCCUCCAACGAAUCCCUCGACCUGGCCAAGGACAUCGAGCUCAACAGCGACGGCGAGUGCCCUUCCGUGGUCAAAUUCCACCCCCUCCUCGGCGGCGCCGUCUCCGACACAUCCCUCGACGGCGCGGGACCCGACCUCAAGAGCCCCGAGUCGAACGAUUCGCUUCGGUUGGUGGCGGGCGUCAGCAAGAUCAAGCUGGAGCUCGAGGCGGGCACUACCGGUGACAACUCGAACGACGGGAACGGGUCGGAAAGCGAACCGACGGUGCUGGCGAAGCAGGAGGAAGGGAGUGGGGAGGAUCUGAUCAAGACGACGGUCAAGCGGAAGGACUCGAAGGAAAAGUGCGGCAAGCGGAAGGACUCCAAGUCGGGCAGCAUGACCGGGCUGAGUGCCUUGCACUUCCGGCCGCUGAUUUCCGAGGAGACGAUUCAGCGGGUGCGGGAGGGGUGGACGAUGCGGAACGUUGGGGAUUUGACGGUUGGGGAUUUGUACAUUAUGUUUGGGGAGGAGAACCGGCUGCAGCUGGAGUAUGGGUGGGUGCUGCCGAGGGAGGUCAAGACUGAACAGGUGGACGGGCUCAACGGGGUGGAGGUGCUGGAAGGUGGGGUUCAGGAGGUGGCGUUGACUAAUGGAACCAAUGGGAUUGAGGAUGGUGGGGGGAUGCUGAACGAUACGAUUGUUUUGAGUGGACGACUCAAGCAGCUGCUCCAGAUUGCCAACCUGAGCGAGAAGACUGGCAAGCGAAGGUGCCCGUGCGGCCACGUUUGCGAUAGAAAGAUUAAGAAUCACGACCAACUGACCAGUGCUUCCAGUUCGAGCGACAACUUGCUCUUCAAAACACCCAAAGUUCCGAACCGCAACGGCAACGCCGCCAAUGCCGGCCAGGCCAACUGUAACCUCGUUCCCUCACCGCACACCGCCUACAAGCAAACGCGCUGGUUCCGGAUGCGCGUCAACCGGCACCAGCUGCCGUCCCACCGGGUCAUGCUGGGCGGUGGCGGUGGUGGCCACUACCUGGCCGCCGGCCGCCACAACAACAAUAACUCGCCCAAGUCGUCCUCCAGCAACGGAUCCGCGAGCCCCUCCUCCGGUUACCAAAGUGCCAGUUCCAGCAGUAGCAACGGGUCCACAAGAAGUUCCGGCUCCCCCAGCAUUCGCCGACCCGACGACGACAGUCUAACCAAACUGCUCGAAGACAAGAUCACUAGCUACCAGAGCGGCGCGUCCUCCAAAAAGACCCGCUGCGCGAAACUUCCGCCUUCCGGCGGAGACGAAAGCAGCUCGCUGAGUUUGUUUGACAUUUCGCUCCCGUCCACGUCAUCCUCGCUGCUGGCGGACCUCAUGGGAAGUGAAACGAGGACGACGGAGGAGGAACGGGGUGGUGAGGAUGGUGCGAGUAGCAAUAUUACGACCAUUUCGACGACCAAGAUUCUGCGGGAAUCGGCCGAUGGAGGGGAGCUCGUGGAGACGGACAUCAACGAUAUCUCGCUGAGUAGUUUCCUCGGGCAUCUGGAUGCGGUGUACGAGAGCGAGGCGGCGGUGACGGCGCGGAGAAGGGAUGGGGAUAAACGGAAGUACAGCAGCGAUGUCAGCCUGGAUAUGGUGCACACCAAGUCGCAGGAGGAGAUAUUCUGCAAUUUGGAGAAGUUUUCAGAGCUCACACAAUGGGUCCGUACGAUACGGGACAAUAUCGAGGAGAUGCGCAAGGCAGUGUCCACCCCUUCGUUUCAUUACAAUGAUAAAGUAAUCCGCGAAAAGGUAGAGCGACGGAUCGGCCAAAGCAUAGACCUGUGCAAGCGCAUCCACAACGCCAUCAAGUGCCUGCACGAGGAGCUGGAACAGGACGAACGGCGCGGGAGUGUCCUCUUCCGGAUCAAGCACACCCAGUUCAUUGUGAUAAAGGACGACUACCUGAGUGCGUACCGGGAGCACGAGGAGUUUGUCAACUACUAUGAGGAUAAGAUUAAAAAGCUGAUGAAGCUGGAGGCGAAAGCGAUGAAUUACAACAUCACGGAUGAUGAGGCGUCGGAGAUGUUGGCCAGCAAUCACAUGGCGCCGUUUGUUGGAAAUAUCCUAGAAGAAACGGAACAAGAACGGCAAAAGCUGAGAGAUAUCAUGUCGCGGCAUUCACAUUUGAUGGAGCUGGAAAAAUCCCUCGUCGAGAUUAGAGACUUGUUCCUGAGGAUAUCAACGCUGGUUAUGGAGCAGGCCAGCCUGGUCCAGGUGAUCGAGUACCACGCCCAGCAGGCCUCCCUCAACACGGACCACGGCGCCCACCAGCUGGAGAAGGCCCGCGAGUACAAGCUGAAGGCGCUGAAGAAGAAAACCUGCCUACUGAUUUGGGUGGUCGUGGUGCUCUCGGUGCUGGUGCUGCUGAUGAUCAUAUUCUGAGCAGCCUGCUAAGCCAUUCCAGCUAGCAACUAACUAACUAUUUAGCAUAAGUGUGUAAAGUGUUUGUGUUCAGUAUGAUUUACUAGAAUGUGUAAAAAGAAACGCCUACAGUUAGACAAUCAUUUAGUUUAAGACAUAGACAAAUAGAUAUCAAAAUUAUAA